AAUGCGCUGAGCUAGCCAUGUGAUUCGCUGGUUUAAAAUUGUCUUUCUUGACAAUCUCCAGCACAACCACGAGACUCCUGAGCUGGCACGUGAACCCCAUAGCAAUGUUUCCCUUUUUCUCUUUCUACUCCACCAGCACGUUUCUAGUCAUUAUCGUGAGAAAACAGAUAAAUACAGUCUCGCGAUGUGGUCCUUGAGCUACCUUUUGGCGUCCUCUCUAGCUGUACUCGUGACUCGAGUUUUGGGAGAGCCUGUGGGCGCUGCAACUAGCAGCAACACCGUACCAGGAUGCGGAAGAACAUUACUUCUGAGAGCUAUCGAGGUCAAAAGAACCGUCAGGAAUGAUCGAACAUAUUGGUACCGUCUCCCACUCGACUACGACAAGACCCGGCCCUACCCUGUAGUAUUUGGGUUCCACGGCUCGAGCAAAAUCGGGCUUUCGCUUGAUGGACUUGCCUUUGCGGCAGAUAGCAGACUAUCUGAUCCUAAGUAUAGCAGUGACAAAAUUAUGGUGUAUCCAAACGGAAAGGGAGGUGUUUGGGCUGGUGCAUCAUACUCCAAAACCAGCGUAGAGGAAGACCUGGAAUACAUCACAGAUGUUCUGACAGACCUCAAUAAUACCAUGUGCGUCGAUCCAAAUCGCAUCUACGCCACAGGUCACUCAAACGGCGCUGGGUUUCUGGACAGCAUUGCGUGUAGCUCAACUAGCGACUACUUUGCAGCGUUUGCGCCAGCUUCUGGAUCAUUCUACACCGACAACAGUCCCAGUAGUCCUUGCAGUCCUGCCAGGCUUCCUGUACCUAUGCUUGAGUUUCAUGGAGGCGCAGAUACAACCGUCAACUAUACUGGCGGUCAAGGAGAAGGCGGGAUAGAGCCUGCGAUACCUGAUUGGUUGAGUUGGUGGGCAAGACGGAAUCGAUGUUCCACGGAAAACCCUCAGGUUGAUAGUUUCGGCGGCAAAGUUCAUUUUCGCUCUUGGAACUGCUCUGGAAAGCCCAACUUACUACAGCACUACAAGGUCGAUGACAUGGGUCAUGUUUGGCCAUCGACUGAGAUCAACUUUUCAAGCCUUGCGGACGGCAAGCCCCCUACCUAUAUCGAAGCAAGUCAGAUAGUAAUCGACUUUUUUAGUAAGUGGACCAGAUAUGGAUAGACGUCUUAUAACGCAAAACCAUCGUUAGCUUGGGGUAGCUCUUUUCUCGUUCAGCAGCAUUUUGAGUGCCAACUCACCCUCGUGACGCUGAGAAACUUUUGAUUAUCUAUGCGAAGGAGCUAAUCGGGAAUGUUGUGGGACAUGAUAUCAGCCUACAAGCGGAAUGAUUUGUUACGCUCUAGAUAAGCUUAGUAGAAC